CCAAUGGGAUUGUUUGUCCCGCCUUGUGUUUUCGUUUUUGGUUGCGCUGCUAAGGCUGCUCAGACCACGCGCCAUAGCUGUACCUGUGGGGAAAACGUGGUAGCUGUUGAAACAGCGAAGCUGUUGUUGUCUGCUUGAUUAGCGCCAGAUUUGGAUAGCCGAAGCUAGUUUUAUGAAUACCAAGUGCUUUGCACUGGUCAGGUUUUUUGAGUUGGAGAAAGGAGCCGAGACUCCCCGGAGAACUUUGGAUUACAGACUUUGUGAAAAUCCGCAGAAGAGGAAUAAUUUUCCAUUGCAAUGGAUGGCGAGCCACAGCCCAUUUGGAACUGAAUCCUGGAGUCUGGUUGCCUGAACUGUGGUAGGACAAAACUGUGCAAACCAUACACCGAUCGUGGACUGAACUCACACCAAUAACUCACCAGAUCACCAAACAGGCCUGAUCUGGAUCCUAUUGACACUUUAAAAGACCCGGGUCUAACAUUUGUUUCUUUUUUAUUUUGAGUAUCUGUGCGCGCACACACAAUUUUGGGUAUUAUUGUCAAAUGCAAUACAGUGCACAAAUUUCAAAUACAGUUGAACCAUUGCUUCAUCAUUUGCAGUUGUGUUUUCAUUGUGGUUACCCAUCCUCUGGGCUCCUGUCGUUCCUGAAGUCUUCUGAUUUGCCCAUUGUUUAUAUAUUUUGUUACAUACUGGUUACAUAACCAUCAAGAAGCUAAACAGAGGAACCUACUCACUAUACAAUAAACUCAAGACAGACAAAGUGGACUUUAACAUACAUCCUAAUGUAGCUGGGAUAUAAUAUACUGAGUGUGAACAUUCUCAAAACUGUAUUGUAUAUAGUUUUUUUUUUAUUGUGUAAAUUUAAUUUUUGUAAAACUAAGGUUCCACAUGUCACUGUUGAAGUGGGGCAUUGAUCAGUGUGACACCACUUGUAAACAUGCUGCAUGUGUGGGGGUUCCCAGCCAGAGCUGCAUGGACUCCACACUGGGAUGAGCAGACGCGUGCUGUUGCUGUGUGACACUGAUUUUGCUGCUCCACUUUGUGUUUUAGAGGCGUGGAGCUACGAGGCCCCUGAAGACAAACAGGACGUGUUUGCCAGAACGGCAUGUCCCGCCUUCCUGACCUUCACCAACGCUGCCUACCUGUCAGGAGUCACCGUGGAGCUGCCCUGCCUCUGCAAACCAGAGCAGGUCCAGUCGGUUGUCUGGUUUUUCCGGAAACAUCUGGAACGAUCAGAGGACACCAAAGCGCUGACUGAUCACCAUGGCAACCACCUGCUCGAUCCCAGCCAGGUCCCUCACAGCGGAGACCUGCGGAGUCGCUUCUCCAUCCGACUCUUCAGCCUGCUGAUCUUCAGAGCCGGGCCCGAUGAUGCAGGCGUCUACAUCUGUGGCUCCGCCCACAAAGACUUCUUCUAUGGUUAUGACCUGGACAUCCAGGAGGCUGCCACGCUCAGCUUCACCAACAGACUCGCUUCAGAGGCUGGCGACGGGAAACGGGACCAGAGCACCGACCUCAGCGCUCUGUACCACCUCUUCACCAGCUUCCAGCCGUGGUCUGUGUGCGACCGGUGCGGCGUGCCGGGCGAGCAGGUCCGAGCCGGGCUCUGCUACAUACGCUCCCGCUUCCUGAACGUGCGCUACAGGCGAGCCAAUCAGACGAUUGUUUCAUGCGGCUCGGGGGCAGUGCCAAGAGCCUUCGGUCUGAAGCGAAGCAGAGUCGCGGUGAAGCUGGAGGUCAGAAGCUGUCAUAUGACGUGUCCGUCUCAGGCCCCGCCCUCCAAGCUGCUCGGUCUGAUGUCUCUUUUUGGGUCCAGUUCUGCCUCAUUGCCAACCGGGCUUCCUCUAUACUACCUGACCCACCCCGACGGCCAGGUCCUCACCCUGGGCUGUCCCGGGGCGCGCCCUGACAUGGCAGUCGCCUGGGACCGAGGGGACGAACCUAUCUACAGGUCUGAACACUCGUCAGGCGCCGGCACAGGCCUCAGACUGAUCAUAGACACCGGACACCACCUGCUGUUCCAGCCGGCUCAAACUCAGGACUCAGGUGUGUAUUACUGCUGGCUGUACGGUCACCGGGCGGCAGAGAUCCACCUCCUUGUGUACCCUCAUUUUGGCAGCCAGUCGCUCCUGUCGCAUCCUGACUUUCCGGCCGCCGUGCGGAUCGUGCUGGGAUCGUAUGCUGCCAUGACGGCUGUGUUUUUCCUGCUGAUGCUGGGCCGAGCUGUGCUGAGACACCGCAGAGAGCAAAGCCACGUGGACUAAAGGCAGUGAGGGUGUCAAACCUUCACCUAUUGGCUAAUUCAAAGAUAAUUGGCACACGUCCAUUGGCUGACCUGGGCACAGUAGGCCAAUCGCUUGCCAGGGAUCAUUACAAAAGAGCAGCUCGACAGGCCUUUCGUUUUGCAUAUUGUUUUAUUUAGACCCAGGGAAGCUGUCGACCUUUUUUUGUUUUACUAAUUUCUUUGAUUUAGCUCAACUGCCUGGUCCUCCUCCCCCACCUUUUUCUUUUGUUAAGUUUGAUUGUAAAGGUAUGGUAAACUGUCAAUAAAUGCUGGCUGGCUGU